GUGAAAAUAAAAAUAUUCGAUGCCGCUUUUGCAAGUCAUACGCUUAAAAUUGUUUUUGGUAUUGUGAAUUUAUUUUCUUUAAGUUUUAAAUUAUAAUUAAUUUGGUUUGGUUAUUGUUUUGCAGUUACUUCUAUUAUUCAACAAUGUUCUUAACUCGCUCAGAAUACGAUAGAGGAGUGAAUACAUUUUCUCCCGAAGGCAGAUUAUUUCAAGUGGAAUAUGCAAUUGAAGCCAUUAAACUCGGCUCGACGGCAAUUGGAAUCUGCACUCCUGAAGGGGUAGUUCUGGGUGUGGAAAAGCGUAUCACUUCACCGUUAAUGAUCACCAGUAAGAUUGAAAAAAUCUUUGAAGUCGAUAGACAUAUAGGUUGCGCCGUUAGCGGUUUGAUCGCCGAUUCGCGUACCAUGGUCGAGAGAGCCAGAGCUGAAUCACAAAACCAUUGGUUCACGUAUGACGAACAAAUGAGCGUCGAGUCCGUGGCACAAGCGGUCUCUAAUUUGGCUAUACAAUUCAGCGGCGAUUACGACAGCAAGGAGCCGACUAUGAGUCGACCAUUCGGUGUUGCUAUUAUGUUUGCUGGUAUCGACAAAAAUGGACCACAACUAUUUCAUUUGGAUCCAUCCGGUACUUACGUGCAAUACAACGCUAAAGCUAUAGGAUCUGGUAGCGAGGGUGCUCAACAGACGCUGCAAGAAAAAUAUCAUAAAUCGAUGGGAUUGAACGAAGCGAUUAACGUUAUAAUGAACAUACUCAAACAAGUCAUGGAAGACAAACUCAGCCCGACCAACAUAGAAAUUGUCACGGUAACUCCAGAUAAACUGUACCACAUGAUGGGCAAAGACGAGUUGCAAGAGAUAUUCGACAAGCUUGUACCUUUCCCAGAUGAAACCAAAGCCGGCUCUUCGGCUACAGUUUCUGCAUCUGUCGCAUAAUUCUAUUUCAGAAGCAUAUAUAUACAUUAAAAACAAAAAAAUUGAUGGUGAUUGCCACUUAAAGUAUAUAAUAUUGUAUACAUUGAAUUAUAUUUAUGAUAAAAAAUAAUAUCGUCUCUUUUUACAAAA